AUGGACGAUCCGCCUCUCGCCUCGUUGUCACUCACCCACGUUCGCUAUCACCAGACUCCCGGUGACCCCAUAUCCUACGCAUCAGCAUGGCUGGCUCUGGUGCCACAGGGUCUCUGUGUGGUCUAUGUCACUCUGAUAUGGGCGUCACGGGAGGCAGAGAUAUUCCUCAUGUUCGCCGGCCAAAUGGCGUGUGAAGUGGUGAAUUUCGGUCUGAAACGGCUGAUACGGGAAGAACGUCCCAAACGUACGUUGCGCCUUUUCCUCAGCUAUGAACCCAUCAAUCCAUCAUUGUCUAAGCUCUAA